AUGGCCUGGGCCCUGAAGCUGCCCCUGGCCGACGAGGUCAUCGAGUCCGGGCUGGUGCAGGAUUUCGACGCCAGCCUGUCGGGCAUCGGCCAGGAGCUGGGCGCGGGGGCCUACAGCAUGAGCGAUGUGCUGGCGCUGCCCAUCUUCAAGCAAGAGGAGUCGACGCUGCCGCCCGACAACGAGGACAAAAUCCUGCCCUUCCAGUACGUGCUGUGCGCCGCCACCUCCCCGGCCGUCAAGCUGCACGACGAGACCCUCACGUACCUCAACCAAGGGCAGUCUUAUGAAAUCCGCAUGCUGGACAACCGCAAGAUUGGAGAGCUCCCAGAAAUCAACGGCAAGUUGGUGAAGAGCAUCUUCCGCGUGGUCUUCCACGACCGGCGGCUCCAGUACACGGAGCACCAGCAGCUGGAGGGCUGGCGCUGGAACCGCCCCGGAGACCGCAUCCUUGACAUAGACAUCCCGAUGUCGGUGGGCAUCAUCGACCCCCGGGCCAACCCGACCCAAUUGAACACCGUGGAGUUCCUGUGGGACCCCACCAAGAGGACGUCCGUGUUCAUCCAGGUGCACUGCAUCAGCACGGAGUUCACCAUGCGGAAGCACGGCGGGGAGAAGGGGGUCCCCUUCCGGGUGCAGAUCGACACCUUCAAGGAGAACGAGAACGGGGAGUACACCGAGCACCUGCACUCCGCCAGCUGCCAGAUCAAAGUCUUCAAGCCCAAAGGUGCCGACAGGAAGCAGAAGACAGACCGGGAGAAGAUGGAGAAGCGAACUCCGCACGAGAAAGAGAAAUACCAGCCUUCCUACGAGACGACAAUUCUCACCGAGUGCUCCCCCUGGCCCGAGAUCACGUACGUCAACAACUCCCCGUCCCCCGGCUUCAACAGUUCCCACAGCAGCUUUUCCAUCGGGGAAGGGAACGGCUCUCCGAACCACCAGCCCGAGCCGCCCCCUCCAGUCACGGACAAUCUACUGCCGACCACCACGCCUCAGGACGCCCAGCAGUGGCUCCAUCGGAACCGCUUCUCCACCUUCUCCCGGCUGUUCGUGAACUUCUCAGGCGCGGAUUUACUGAAGCUGACCCGGGACGACGUCAUCCAGAUCUGCGGCCCCGCCGACGGAAUCCGCCUCUUCAACGCCCUGAAAGGCCGGAUGGUGCGGCCCCGACUGACCAUUUACGUGUGCCAGGAGUCCCUGCAGCUGACUGACCAGCAGCAGCAGCAGCAAAACCACGAGGACGGAGACUCAAACGGCGCUUUCUUCGUGUACCACGCCAUCUACCUGGAGGAGCUGACGGCCAUGGAACUGACGGAAAAGAUCGCUCAGCUUUUCAGUAUUUCCCCUUGCCAGAUCAGUCAGAUCUACAAACAGGGGCCAACUGGCAUCCACGUGCUCAUCAGCGAUGAGAUGAUCCAGAACUUUCAGGAAGAAGCGUGCUUUGUCCUGGACACGAUGAAAGCCGAAACCAACGACAGCUAUCACGUCAUCUUGAAAUAGAAGGGAAAGCCUGGCACCCACCCCCACCCCGCUCUGGGGCGGGUUGGGGGCGGAGCGUCGGAGGGCCGUGGGACCCCCGCGGAGGCUGCCCGUCUGCCCCCCUCCUCCCCGCCCCCCGCCCCCUCCGCUCGGGCCCCUCGAUCCCGGGUCCCGGCCUGUGGCUUCGGGCCGGGAGGAAGGCGCGGGGAGAGGACGGUGUCACGCAAGGGGCUCCCGGAAAACAUUCCCGCUCCUAAGUCGAAACGAGAGCGGCCCCGCCUCUCCCGAACAGGCGCCUCUCCCGCGCGGCGGGCCCGGACUGAAGGGGUCCGGCGGGCCGUGGGCGGACCGUACCCCGAGCAUCCCUCCCACCCCGCAGCCGCCUCCCCCUGCCCUGCCCAGGGCCACCCUGUCUCCCGAGCGAUUAGCCGAGGGGCUUCGGGUCCGGGGUGCAGCCCCCCGUCCCCCCGUCAAACCAGGAGAUUGUCGCGGGGGUUGGUCGCCGGCCCGGGGCCGGGCGGUCCCCUCCCCGGAUUGGCUUCAGGUUGACGCGUCUCGAAAGAUUUUUAUACGGGACUGGGUGUCUGGCUUUUUUAUUUAAAAGCACUUGGUAAAGCUCGCUCGGUUUUUAUACGAAAGGCGGUUCCGGUCCAUUAAAGUCAGCCUGCGUGGUGA